UUGAGUGGUCUUUGUUCGAGGAGAGAGAGCUUAUCUUACAAAAAUCGAGCUGGAGGGAGUGGUGGUCUGUGAACUCGAGCUGUGAGAGUGCUGAGACUGUUUGGUUGAUAUCUCGAGUUUUACCAAUCCAAUUAAGGCGUGUGAGAUACCAAAAGAAAUCUCUCAAGAUGAGGAAUCCGUGAAGGUCUGGUUUGCAUCAAUCGGAGUAGAGGAAGGCUUCCAAAUCGUCCUAGCAAAACACAACCUCGCAGAAACGGAUUUACUCUUUUAAAGAAUCGAGUUAGCCGGAAAACACCCGUUCUAGGGGCUGUUUUCGUAUCAACGAUUAGGGGUUGAAAUAGAAACUUGAGGAAGCUGUUUAACACCCAUUUUCAAGCAAGGAACCAGUUCUCAAUCUUCCUUGGCCGAGGCUUUGGUCAUUGGAUCGAGAAGGAAGGUUUUAGAGCUCAUUUGAGGUUGAGGCUAGAGCUUGCUUCCUGUGCUCGUUGCUCGAGAGAUCAUAUAGGAGGGAAGACUUGAAAUGGACCGUGGUGGCAGGAUUACUCGGAGGAACCCGACCGGCCGUGUACCAGUGGAGACUGGACAGGGCAGUCGAAGGACCUCUAGGGCAUCUAGAGGAGCUGGCCGUGGAGGCCGAUCACAGACUGUGAGUGACGGUCAUGUCGACACAGAAAGUGAAACCUACUGGUCCUAUGAGGACUCGACUUACCAACCGGAAACCGAGCCGGUUGAGACCCCUUACGAAGGGGAUGACGAUGAUGUGAGUGAUGAAGAAGGGGAGAAUGACUCCCUAGCAAGAAUUGAGGCGCUGCUCCAGCAAUAUCAGCGGGAGCGCGAGGAAAGGAGGGAACGCCGAAGGCGCCGAGGAGGGCGAACUUCGGGUGGGGCUUCAAGAGGAAGAAGCCAUGGCGACUCUAGGGCCCACAUUGAACCACAUGGGGGCCGGGGUGAUGGAGGUCCGAUCAUAAGGAUCUCCAAAUACCUCAAAGAGGCACGGGACUUGGGGUGCAAACCCUUCAAUGGAGCAGGUGACAUCUCGGUCGCCGCGGAAUGGAUCAAGAGGUUGAACGAAGCAGCCCUUGAUAUGCAACUCACCCCCGAAUUCAAGCUAAGGGUGGCGGUAAGAUUGCUUGAAGGGAUGGCAUCCACAUGGUGGGACGGAGCCAAGGGGAAGUAUGGCAAUGUUGUGACUUGGGAGAAUUUCCGGCAGGAGUUCUUUGCCCAGUACUAUUCUGAUUUUGAGGUGAACAAUAAGAGGAGAGAGUAUGCCCUCCUAACCCAAGGUGGCAAGAUGACGGUGAGGCAACUUGAACACAAAUUCAGGGAACUCGCGGAGUUCAUACCGGAGUAUGUCUGUGAUGAGAACCGGAUGGUAAAUCACUUCUGGGAUGCCUUAGACUUGGAGGUGCGUGAGAGGGCAACGCAGUUGCCUAACAUGACCUUUAGCCAGGUGGUCGAGCAGGGAUUGAAAGGGGAGAAGGAAUGGGAAGAAAGAAAGAUGAAGAAUGCCGAAGAGGCGAAGAAGAGAAAAUGAGAGAGUCACGGCUCCCAAGGUUCCAACAAAAAGGGGAACCAUGGAGGGGGAUCUUUCCGUGCACCGCCGCUACCAUCUAGGGGGAACCAGGGCUCGAGCAGGCAUGACUCGGGGUCACAAGCCUCGGGGACGCCUCGUUGCUUGAAUUGCAAGAAGAGUCACCUUGGAAAAUGCCGUGAACCUCCUAGAUGCUUCCAAUGCGGGAACACCGGGCAUUUGAAGGCGCAUUGCCCACAAUUGGGUGGGCUAAGGUCAUCGGGACCAGGUAGCGGGGCUACGGGAACAAGAAACCAAGCCGUGGGUUCCCAGGUAACCAGGGGGCAAGGGGGAGCAAGCGCGAGUAACGCGCCAUCUGUGAAACAAGGAAGGACCCAGGCUAGGGUCUACGCAAUGACGGAGGCGGAUGCUCAAGCUAACCCGGAUUCCGUUGCAGGUUGAGGCUAGAGCUUGCUUCCUGUGCUCGUUGCUCGAGAGAUCAUAUAGGAGGGAAGACUUGGUUCGUGCUUCCUCCAUUCUGUUUUUAAACAUUAAUAAACAUGCUCAUGAAUAUUUUACUAUAGAGCCUGCGUGCUCAUGUUUGCCACGUGUGGCAUUUGUUUUCAAACUAUGUUUUCCGACGUAUCCGAUUGCUUAUUAUGUUGUUUAUGGAUGGCUUACGUGUGAAUGAUAUUCGAG